CCCAUUUACCUGGAGUACAACAAAGGAAAUAAGAUGCGUUGGGAUAGGACAUUGAAAUCAAAUUAUUCACAGCACGUGCAUUUAUGUAGGACAUGUGUUCGUUCCGCUAUUACUUACAUGUACAUAAAACGUCCUCUGGAAAUGUCAAGCAUUACAUUACCCAACGCACUGGUGCCGUGAUGGCUUAGCUGUCAUCGUAGCAGCAACGUUUUGAAUUGCUACAGGGUACUUUACUCUGCAAAUCAAUGUAAUGGCAGUGAACUCUGUCAGUCAAAGUGGUGCAUCAGGCACCACUCACGAGAGUAGCUCCAAGGCACCACAUCGCAAUGGAUAUAUGAAAACAUGUGUCGUCUCGCUUCGUCAGGACCCUGAAUGUGGAUUGUGGGAGAGGCUUGUUCUCUAUAAAAUAUGGACUUCCCAAAAGCUCCGCUCUGUGGUGUCUGUGGGGUCGCUUUCGGUUUUUCUCGCUCUGGUUAUUAAAUGUGUUGACUGGGAGACUGAACCUGGUAGUGACAGACCGUCUGCGUCCUUCAUUCAUUUUCUAUCCAGCUGCGCGGGGGAGCUAUUGCUAACUUUGUGGCAUGUUAUCUCGCCCUUUUUUACCCUUGCAUGUGCCUUCUUCUGGGUCGGGCUGUAUCUAAUCCGGUGUGGGAUAUGCAUUAAAACUUAUCUCUUCCUUCUCACCGUGUGCCACUUGGGCGAAGCCGCGGCGCGCUGCUUGUUUGACGGGGCGAAUGGUCAGACGUUCUCCCUUGCGUCUGCCGUGGUGGUGCUCGCCUGCUUGGCAAGCAGCGCACUCAUGGUUCUUAGACUCAAACAGGGGGUCUCCAUCAUCAUUUUCAUCAGCGUCCUCAGGACUAUUUCACUUAUAUCUCUGAACAAAGUACGUGGAGCCUGGAGACCUUACUUGGCAUACCUGGUCGGAGUGCUUGGAAUCUUACUAGCGAGGUAUGCUGACAAGGUAUUUCCGAAAGAAGGGAUUCACAGGGAGGGUUGUACCUCCGUGACUGGGUCGAAGGAAGAGGUCCCUGUAUUUAAAAGGCGAAGGAGGUCCAGCUCUGUAAUAUCCUCAGACAUGGCACACAGUCAGUCCAACAGCAAGUCACACAGGAGGACUUCAUUGCCAUGCUUACAAAGAGACCAGAUUUCCCACUCGGAAUGGGAGCACAAGCGGGGGUCCAGAGGAUCCCAGUCCUCGGGCAGCAGUGUGGCGGUGGACAUCGGCGUGAUGGGGGAGGCCCACGGCAUGAUCACGGACCUGCUCGCCGACCCGUCGCUGCCGGCCAACACCUGCAGCUCGCUGCGGGCCGUCAGCAACCUGCUGAGCACGCAGCUCACCUUCCAGCCACUGCACCGGCCACGCCUGAGUCAGCUGGCCCUGCCCACCCCUGGCGACGCCCACGCCUGCUCCGACUCUGAGGAGGGCACGGAGAAGAGCGAGAAGCUCUCCAUUCCAAAACGCCUGAAGCGUAGUUUACCCCCUGGCCUGCUGCGGAAGAUCUCGUCCACCUGGACCACCACCACUUCGGCCACGGGGCUGCCCACCAUUGAGCCGGCACCAGUACGGCGAGACCGCAGCGCCAGCAUCAAGCCUUACCAUGAACCCCUCAUCUGCAGCUGUGGACGACCCUUCAGUAGACUCAGCCAUGGGGAGGGAUCAACAGACAGGAUACACAGGACAGAUGAUCCAGUGGUGCCGUUGUCUGACUAUGAGAGCAUGGCGGAGGCCAACCACAGUGACAGCAGUGACCAGGGCCACAGCGAGGAGCCGCCCGACGGGGGCCAGAGAGCCACCGACACACCAGACAGCUGCAGGAGUCACCGCUCCCAGAGCCUCAUCCUGCACUCUCUGAUCCCCGCAGAGGACAAGCCCAUCUUGGCUCCGGAGCCUCUGGUGAUGGAGGACCUAGAGUCGCUGAUGAGUCAGAUCAACAACUGGAACUUCCCCAUCUUUAGCAUGGUGGAGAGGACCCAGGGCAAGUGCGGCCGCAUCCUCAGUCAGAUCUCCUACAGGCUGUUCGAGGACACGGGACUCUUUGAGAUCUUCAAGAUUCCGGUACCAGAGUUCAUGAACUACUUCCAUGCCCUGGAGAGUGGCUACAGAGACAUCCCCUACCACAACCGGAUCCAUGCCACAGACGUGCUGCAUGCCGUGUGGUACCUCACCACGCAGCCAGUGCCUGGCCUGCCCAGUCUCCUCCCUGACCACAGCUCUGCCAGCGACUCUGACUCGGACAGCGGCAUCACCCAUAGUCACAUGGGCUACUUGCUGUCUAAGACAUACCCGGCCUCGGAGGAGGGCUACGGGUGCCUGUCGGGCCUCAUCCCCGCACUGGAGCUGAUGGCGCUGUACGUGGCGGCAGCCAUGCACGACUAUGACCACCCCGGCAGGACCAACGCCUUCCUGGUGGCCACCAGCGCCCCCCAGGCUGUGCUGUACAAUGACCGCUCUGUUUUGGAGAACCAUCACGCUGCCGCCGCCUGGAACCUCUUCCUGUCCCACCCUGAGUACAACUUCCUGGGGAACCUCAACCAUGUGGAGUUCAAGCGCUUUCGCUUCCUGGUCAUUGAGGCCAUCCUCGCCACUGACCUGAAGAAGCACUUUGACUUCCUGGCUGAGUUCAAUGCCAAGGUGGGCCAUGAUGUAGGCACAGGUAUCAAUUGGUCCAACGAGAAUGACAGACUCCUGGUUUGCCAAAUGUGCAUCAAGUUAGCUGACAUCAAUGGACCUCUCAAGUGCAAGGACCUUCACCUGCAAUGGACGCAAGGAAUCGUCAAUGAGUUCUACGAACAGGGUGAUGAAGAGUCCAGCCUGGGUCUCCCCAUCAGUCCCUUCAUGGACCGCUCUGCCCCCCAGCUGGCCAAGCUGCAGGAGUCGUUCAUCACGCACAUCGUGGGGCCACUCUGCAGUUCGUACGACUCAGCCGCCCUCAUACCAGGCCACUGGGUGGCGCCCCCAGGAGGUGGAGAGAAGGAGGACGGGGGGGACGGGACAGAGGCCGAGGUUCCGGCCGAGGAGGAGGAGGACAUGGCGGAGGAGGAGGACAUGGCGGAGGAGGAGGAGGAUGACGCUUCGACCACCAGCUCCGAGGCUUCACAGAGCCCGGGCCCCAAGAAGAAGAAGCAGUGUCGGAAGGUGUUUUGCCAGAUCACCCAUCACCUGCUGGAGAACCACGAGAUGUGGAAGAAGGUGAUCGCCGAGGAGGAGCAGAAGGAGGAGGAGGAGCACAGUAAUGACGUGCCGCUCCUCAACAACCCCGCUGAGCCAAUCACCGAGGAGGAGGAGCCCGGAAGCAAGGAGGAGCCCGCCGAGGGGGAGGAGGGCCUCACCAGCCCGGAGGAGGAGGCCGUCGACUCGCCACAGCCAGAGGAGGAGACCGCCGCCGCGGAGGAGGAGGAGCAGUCCGAGGCCCCGGAGGAGUGAGCGGCUCGGGGGAGGCUGCCCCUGUUGGACGUGCCUGUUCAACUUUUACAGAUUCGAUGUGAGAGAGACUUCAACACAUCACUUAAACGAAAGAAGACAAAACACUGUAGAGAGGAGAAAAAAAGAACCAGGGAGAGAGAGAGACAGAGGGAGAGAGAGAGAGGGAGAGAGAGAGAGAGAGGGAGAGAGAGAGAGACAAAACACUGUAGAGAGGGGAGAAGCAUGUGCCUGAAUGAGAAAAAAGAACCAGGGAGAGAGGGGGGGAGUCUCUCUCCUUCGGCUCUCGUCAAAGGCUUUUGGGGGAGCUGUCUUUUGUCAGGCACACUCUCUUCCUCUACUUUUUCUUCUGCGCCUUUCAUAACCAAAGUCAGGCUUCUUGAGACUCUGAGAAUCUGAGUCUGAGUUGGACAUCAUCAUGCCUCAUCUCCCUCUCCCUCCACCAGUGCUCUCUCUCCUGACCAGAACCUGCUGACCGUCCCCCCCCCACCCCCCAAACUCCCCAAAACGACACUUCACAGACUUAUGCAAUUUUUGUAAAAGGGUAAAUUAUUUUGAAAAGCUGCAGCCGAGUGGCCUCCAGGCUGUGGGACCAGGUGAUGAGAAGGGCCAGAGUGGGAUGGGUCAGGGCAGAGGGAGCCUUCUUUUUGGUUCCAUGAUGGGAGCAUGUCUAGUGUGCCCUGAAACCAAAUUGGAUAACGUCAAAGGGAAAACAAAAUUAAAUGUUUGCGCAUUUAGACAACUACAUUAUGGAGGACGGAAAUUCAUUUCAUGUUAUUUUAUGAGCGUGGUUUUUCAGGUUCCUCAGUGCGCUGUCUAGAUUGAUGACCCUCUUGUGCAGCACUGUGAAGUAGACAACGUAGACGAGCACAUACUGACCUUUCGCUUUCACUGUCCAUCUACCAUGAGUCGUUCCAGACAUUUCACCUAACGUUUAACAUUUUAGUAUAAAAUCUGUGUGAAAUUUAUUUUACAUAUAGACCCCAAAAACAUAAAUGAUUCUCAUACGUUUACCUAUGGAUUAUUUUUGAUUAGACCUUUUAUUUUGGGGAGCCACAUUUCUAAGCAGAAGCUUGUCAUGCUGUUAGUAUCCCCUGUAACAUUCCUUCUGAAAUAUUGCAUCGUAAGCUCUUCCGUCUACAGUUUCUCCACUUGUCAGGAGUCCGUCCAUCUUACACUCUGUUGCUACACACACUGAUGUUUCACACGUUUCAUUGAACUAGGCACCCAUUUUUACACUAAUGACUGAAAAACUGGGAUUGUCAGUGGCAUUAUUAGGCAAACAAUAGACAUACAGUACAGUGUGCAAACAGUAGCCCCUGCUCUCAGCAGAGGAGACAACGGCUGGGAAAGUAGAGAAUGCUGAACCCAGAACCGGCAUGGGACAGCGCUUCAGCCAGUUGUGGGAUACGACCAGUCGUGUGACACAGCCAACAGCCAAACCAGUGCAUUUGUUAAGACCCUCACCCCACCAUCCCAAAUCGCUGCUUUAGAGUCCAUGUUCAGUGACGAUUACGAUAUUUUGGGACCCUGUAUUAGGCUAUAAAUAGGCUGGUGGUGAGCCUCUCAAAGCCUUCGCACACUCGCUCUGGAUGUGCUGCUGCUGCUGCUGCUGCAGUCAAACAGCCAUCUCUUUGAUCAAGCACCCUUAUGAUGUGAAUAUUUUAGCACUGUGGCUCCAGUAAUGCAUGUCACUCAUGCUGAGGCUUACGCAAGAAGAGCAGGCUGGCCUCGUUCUGCAACAUCCACAGAGAUCACUGAUGAAGUCAGAGAGGGUGGGAGAGAGUUUACACAGAGGGGAGAGGGAAGAGAGAGGGAGAGAGGGAAGGAGAGAGAGAGGGAGGGACCUCUGCAUUCUUUGUGCUUCUCUUUUUCCACUCAGACGUGUUUUUUAUGAGAAAAUGAAAAUCUUGCUUCUUUAAAUCUCGCUUCUUUACCCUCUAACGAAAGAUGAAGAGAGUCAGUGUUUGUCAGAGAAACAGGUGCCAAAAAUAUGUCUCAGUAGAUUAUUCUGGCUCCAAGCUUAAGCUCCUCAAAUGGGAUAAAAUCAGUCGUGUAGUUUCAGGUGGAAUGAAACGUUAGGAACACGACGUCUUCUUCAUCUUCUGACAGCCUCCUCAAAGGAGACCAGAUCCCACUGAAAGUCACAAGCAGACUGUGACUAUGCACCAGAGACACACAUCAUACUUAAAACAUGAAUGAUGCGCACGUGAUCACAGAACCCCAUAUCUCGGCCUGCGGAAGAGGAGGCCUUGAUGGGCAGCUGGAGGGGCCGUGGCGAUGGGGGUGUUUGUCCUCUGAGAGCCCUUUGUUGGUUCCCUGUGUAGCCCUGCGCUGAUGGAGCGGCUUGGCAGGGGAGAAAUUCGUGGCCCCCUGGGAGAUUUCCAUUUCCAUGCAAAAGGCUUAUUUUCUUAUGACUCACCAGAGCUCUCUUCUUGCCCUCUUUGGGAUGUGUAUUUGGUGCAGUAUUCCGAGGUACAGACUUGCGCAUUCAUCCUUGCAGACACACACACACACACACACACACACUAACAUUAAAAUUAGUUUAUGAUGAGGAAAGCUUACAAGGUUUUAUUAUACCGUAACCAUUUCAUUUUUGGUCAACGAUUCCCAGAACACUGAAACACUAGGGCACAUGAAACUUGAUGGGAAUGUAGCCUGACUAGGCUGAUACAGAAUAGCAGCUUUUGGUCACCAGGGGGCCACCCCUGAAUGCCACCCCCACCCAGAAUGAAUUGUGCCAAUAUCACAAUGGCAGAAGUAUACAAUGCAAAUACAGACAUACAUUUAAGUGUCACGUCUUGUCUUGUCACACACACACAUAUAUACACACACACACACACACACACACUCUCACACUCGUAAUAUAUAGUUGUCCUUGCAUCCAUUGUAAAGGAGCAAGCAAGGAACAUUCUGUCCCCCCAUGCAGUGUCCAGCCUCCCUCCCUCCCUCUCCUCCUCGGCGUGCGUUUUUAACACGCUAACACAGUGUUCUGGAGGGAAAAGACACAGCUCUGGUUUUAGCAUGCCACUGUCAAGCAUCCUCAAGAAUCCUCGUCCUUGUGAGAGAAGAACGUUGAAACAUUUUGAUGAGGGAACGUUGCGUACUUUUCAAGGAUAAGAUGCACAGAUUUAUACAUUCCGCCCAUGAAAUCUUUAGAAGGCAUGAGGAAACCAUCAAAGCUACGCUGUGUUCCCAUUGGCUCUCCCUGACCUCUGCAUUGGCUAUGUUUGCCCAGAGAUGACAGGAAGCACCGGCCUCCUCUCCACUGCACACUCUACGCUGGCAGGGCAUUGGCUACUGGUGGUACUAAGGGGUUUGAAUCAUUUAGUGCCUCACCAUCUUCAUUCAGAAACAUGAAUGAUUCAGCCUCCGUCGCACAACAUUACAUAAGAUCUGUUACAUCCACACAUCUUGGAGCUUCACAUGCAAACCAAAAGCUGUUGUGACAAGUGGGCCUGCAUCAUUAUGUCCCAUGACGAAUGCAUCCCAUUCAAUACGAUUCAGUCUAAAAACGUACUCCUCACCUCACUCACAAUGAACUAUUCAUAUGUUUUGAUUCAGAGAUGGUCUUGUCUGUGGACAAUAGGAUGCAUGCAUUUAUAUUUUAUCCAGUAUAACUGUACUUUUGAACAAUUAUAGGAUAUACAAUGGGAAUUGCUUUCAUUGUGGGAUGGUGAAAUGUUCUACAGUAUCCAUGGCCACUGGCCAGUUCACAGAUGAUGGCUCUGAAUUUCAGCUAUCAUGAUACAAGGAUUUCUCCUGCCCCAGCAACAGGACACGGCAGCACUCACUCACUCAUUCAUUCAAUCCCUGACUUGGAAUGUGUAACAUGCAGACAAACUACACUUUUCUGUCAGUUAAUGAAUGUCAGAUACACCCUUGCUGUUUAGCAUGUGUGUGUGUGUAUGUGUGUAUGUGUGUGUGCAUGUAUGUGGUGUGUAUGUUUUUUGUGUGUUUGUGUGUGUAGGGUUGUGUGUGCGAGUGAAAGCAACGGGACUAUCUGAGUGAGUUUUAUGCUACGGAAGUCCCUGCUCAUUACCGUGUGAGAUCUAUUAGGCUUCUCCAGUGCUUCCCAAUUUAAGCCUCAGGCAAUUCCCACAAGUCUGCAUCCUUUUCUACACACUGUAAUUUAAUGUACAUAUACGCUAGUAGGAUAUGUAAAACAUCUGCUCAUUUCACAUGCCUACAAGAUGGAGAGUUAGUAAUGUAUAGAGAUGAAGUGGAAGGUGGUGGUGGUCGUGUCCACUUCCGUCCUCUCCGGCAUCCACAGAAUGCUGUCCCUCUACCUCUCUCAGGGUGGUCCACUAAAACAUCCAUUCCACAUCAUCUCCAUCCACCUCCACCUGCCUGCAUUUGUUGUGGUUUGUAGAGACAUGGUGCCAUGUUCGGAAAGCAAUCGCCUCAAUCACCUGAUAUUUUAGUAUUCUAAACUACACUUGCAUCUCCCGCGCAGAUUUAAAUUAAUCUAAUAAUUAAUUUUAAUUAAUUUUUUUGGAGGAGGAGCCACCUGUGGAUUCCCUAUUGUUUUUUUUGUUUUUUUUUUGGCCAAGUAAAUUCAUCUUGUUAUCUUUUCUGUGUGUUGUACCACCGGUCUCCUCCUCAUUGGGUUAGACAGCUGUGCUGUCUGAUGCCUUGCCAUGAUCAUUGGCAUGUUCACUAAAUCGCUGAGAGAAACCAAACAAGCUUUACAAUACUGACAGAAAAUGAGACUUGUAUUUUGUAAUUGAUAUAUAGCUGUCACUUCACAAAAUGAUUCUGUUUUUCCCACCAGUAUAUUGCACUUAUGACAUGUAGCAAUACUUCUAAGGGGGGGGGGGGGGGGGGGGGUAUGCACAUCAAAACAUUUUGGUAGGUGAAAAUGAUUCCUUUCUUUGCUGGUUAAUGCUUCAUUUUGUACAAUAUAUAUUUACUGUACAGUCGGGGGGGAUAUGAAAAUAACAACAAAAAAGUCUUUUAGAUAUACAUUAUUUAUUUUUACUGUUUUGUAAUUUAGACACUAUACUGUAGUUCCUAUAUUGCCAGAAUUACUGGAAGUGCCUCUUGGUCAAAUGUAUUAUACAGUAAAUAUGUAUGGAAAUCAUUAGAACUGUUCACAAGCUAAAUUGUGUGGAUGUUGUAAUGUGAAUACAUGGGAUUACACAAUAUACUUUCUGUGGUA